UAUGUUGUUGUAGUUGGACAUGUUGAUGCAGGAAAAUCUACCUUAAUGGGUCAUUUAUUUGUGAAACUCGGACUAAUUGAUGAAUCAGUAAUAAGGAAAUAUAAGAGAGAAAGUAAUCUUAUAGGGAAAGGGUCAUUUGCAUAUGCUUGGAUAUUUGAUGAAUGUGAUGAUGAAAGAAGAAGAGGGGUAACUAUAAAUGUUUGUUCAAAGUCUUUUGAAGUAGAUGAUUGUAUAGUCACAAUUUUUGAUACACCUGGGCAUAAAGAUUUUAUUCCAAGUACUUAUGCUGCAACAAUAUUAGCAGAAAGUGCUAUACUUGUAAUUGAUUGUGAUAAUUUUAAUCAAAGAUUUACUAAAGGAUUAAUUAAAGAACAUUUAUUAUUUAUUAUUUCAGGUAAUUUAUUAAAUCUCAUUGUUGUAAUAAAUAAAAUGGAUCUUAGAAACUGGGAUAUACAAAUAUAUAAUAAUAUUAAACAAAAAAUUAGUAAUUUCAUUGCUAAUAUUAAUUUUUGUAAAAUUAAAAAUAUUUGUUUUAUUCCAGUAAGUGCUCUUUAUGGUAUUAAUAUUAUUGAACAGAUAAUACAAGAUCAAGAUUUUGCAUCAUGGUAUAAGGGCCCAUGUAUAUAUCAAAUUUUAGAGAAUAUUGCUAAAAUAAAAAUUUAUGAAUCUAAAAUUAUACAGGAUAAUAGAGAAAAAUGUCAAUGUUUUAAAGAUAAUAAUUAUACAGAAUUCAUUGCUUGUAUCACAGAUAUUAUUUCAUCUUCUUCUAAUGAAACAAAAAUCUCUAUAAUCAUUAAUUCAGGUAUACUUAAUAUUGGAGAUAAUUUAUCUGUUCUUCCUAUAAAUACAACAAUUAAGUGUAAAUCUAUUAUAUUAGGUAAUGGUAAACAUGUUACUGUUUGUAAAGGACCUAUUUUUGUAAAUUCCUUAAUUAUUUCUUCUAAUAUUCCAUUGUAUCCUGGUCAUUUAAUUGUAUCUAAUAUUAGUAAUAGAAAUAAUCAAACUUUGACAAUACCUUAUUAUAUUUAUCCUGUUGCUAUUCUAAAUAGAAUUUUUGUUCAACCAAUAUUUAUUAUGGAUAAUAUACAGAAAACAAAUCUUUAUUGGAACAUUCCAGGUAAAUCAUUCAUGUUAUAUUUUCAUACACAAACAAUUGAUGCAAUAUUAGUUUCUAUUAAUAAGGAUAAUAAUAUCUAUGAAUUCGAGACAGCUCAAAAUGUUGCAGUAUGUUUAAAAUGUGACUGUAACUAUAUUUCUAAUUUUAGUAAAAUUUCUGUAAGAAUGUCUGGAGUUACUGUAUUGAUUGGAUAUAUUAUUAAGAAUUCGUAA